CCAUCAGAUUUUUCUUGUAGGUCUUAUGAGCUUUUUAUGGCACAAGAUAAAACAGCAGAAGAAAAUGAUGUGAAAGAAAGAGCUAGUGUAAAAAGUGAUAAUAGUAAUAGUGCAAGUCCCAGUCUUCCUGGCUCACCUUUUAACCUUCGAAGGGGGAGUAGGGGGAGCCAGUUCAGUUGGCGCAUUGGUGGUCGUCGCUUUGGAGACAAGAAUCCUUUAGUACUUCAAACAUACAUGGAUGCACAAGAACAUCUUCCUUAUGCAGAUGAUAGUAAUGCUGUAACACCCAUGUCUGAGGAAAAUGGUGCUAUAAUUAUUCCCAUGUACCCUAAACUGAACUCUAGACAUUCCAGUUAUACCUCUCACUCAUCAAGAUUGUCCUAUACCUCCCACAUGGAUAUUGUUGUCAAGGGGAUGACAAAAGAGAGUCAGCUCAGAUCUCACUCAAGGAAUCUCCAAGGCCUUAAUCAUGAGGAUGCUCCAAUAGAAAGUGCUGACUAUCUUACAAAACGUAACCAUCAAGAAAACCCAUUUGUAGGACCUUCUCAGAAACAAACUAUGGUGGAUAUGAAAGAUGUGGUGGUUCUGAAUGAAAUAAUUGAACAAGCAACAGGAAAUCAAAGUCAUGCUAAUGACAGAGUAUCUAUUUAUUAUUUUCCUACAGAAAAAGAGGAGCAAGAGAAGAUAAAGUUUAAAGACCGUUGUUUGGCAAAAUGCUUGAAAUAUGUAGACAUCUUUUGUGUUUGGGACUGUUGCUGGUGUUGGAUUCGCUUCCAAGAGUUUGUAUCACUCAUCGUCUUUGAUCCAUUCAUGGAGCUGUUCAUUACACUUUGUAUUGUAGUCAACACUCUGUUCAUGGCCAUGGACCAUGAUAAUAUGAACCCAGAAUUUGCAAACGUCUUAAAAAAGGGAAAUUAUUUCUUCACUGCAACUUUUGCUAUUGAAGCUGGCUUGAAACUAAUAGCUCUUAGUCCUAAAACUUAUUUCCGAGAGGGGUGGAACAUUUUUGAUUUCAUCAUUGUUGCUCUAUCCUUACUGGAACUCACGCUAGAAAAUAUACAAGGAUUGUCAGUGCUUCGAUCUUUUCGAUUGCUACGAGUUUUCAAACUGGCAAAGUCAUGGCCAACAUUGAACCUGUUGAUAUCAAUUAUGGGAAAAACAGUUGGAGCUUUAGGAAACCUGACUUUUGUCCUUGGUAUCAUCAUCUUUAUUUUUGCUGUCAUGGGAAUGCAGCUUUUUGGCAAGAAUUAUGAUAUAAAAAGACAUUUGUUUCAUAAUCAAGAGGUUCCACGCUGGAACUUUCAAGACUUCAUGCAUUCCUUUAUGAUUGUCUUCAGGGUGUUGUGUGGAGAGUGGAUUGAAUCCAUGUGGGAUUGUAUCCUUGUUUCAGGCUGGGCUUGUAUUCCUUUCUUCUUAGCAACUGUUGUUAUUGGUAACUUGGUGGUUCUCAACCUUUUCUUGGCUUUGUUGCUUUCUUCUUUUGGUGCUUCAAAUCUCUCUCAGCCAACAUCAGAUAAUACAGAUACCAAGAAGCUACAGGAAGCUAUUGACAGAUUCCACAGAGCAUCAGCUUGGAUGAAGAUGCAAAUGUUAAACAUAAUGAAAAGUUUAAAACCAAAAACAAGGAAUAAGAUUGCAUACCGACCAGAUAAAAGAGAAGAUAUUGAAGAAUAUAACCAAAGAGAGGACUUUGUGAGUGAUGGCCAGGUGCUCAUGAAAGACAAGGAAACUUCAAAAGAAUUUACAGAGAUGGAUAUUAGUGUUGGAGAUGGCUUGGAAGUAGCAUUUCAUGAAGAUAAUCAGGCCACAAUAAUGAAGAUUAAUAGCAAGCCUAUGGUAAACUCAGUGUCAGUUGGCUCAAAGAUUGAGUGUACAGAUAACAAAAGGGUGAAGGAAAAGGAAGUUAUAAUUAAUGAAGAGCAUUUGUUAAGAGAAGGGGAGUUAUCUAAUGAGAAACCAAACCACAAUCAGAUGGCCUGGAAAGAGCCAUUUGAAGAUGGUGAAACUCUGGAUGCUGAAAACAUAGACAAGCUUGAAACUGAAGAUAUUAUUAUUAGUGAACUUCCUGCUGACUGCUGUCCAGAUUGUUGCUAUAAACAUUUCCUUUGCUGCAUUGGUGAUGAUGGUUCUCCUUUCUGGCAGUACUGGAAUAUGUUACGUGACAGGAGUUAUUGGCUGGUUGAAAACAAAUACUUUGAAACACUUGCAGUCACUAUGAUCAUGCUGAGUAGUCUUGCUCUGGCUUUAGAAGAUGUACAUUUGAAGAGCCGUCCUGCACUUAAAGAAGCUUUGGUCAUUGUGGAUAAAUUUUUUACAAUCAUUUUUCUCUUUGAAAUGUUACUUAAGUGGCUAGCAUUUGGUUUCAAAAAGUACUUUACUAAUGCUUGGUGCUGGUUGGAUUUUAUAAUAGUUCUGGUGUCCAUGUUUAAUCUGGCUGUCGGUUUAGCAGGCUAUGACAACAUUCCUGCAUUUAAAACAAUGCGUACCUUGCGGGCCCUUCGCCCUCUGCGGGCCAUGUCACGGCUGGAGGGGAUGAGAGUCGUUGUAAAUGCUCUGAUUCAAGCGAUUCCUGCCAUUUUCAACGUGUUGCUGGUUUGUUUGAUUUUCUGGCUUAUUUUUUCCAUCAUGGGAGUUCAGAUGUUUGCUGGGAAGUUCUAUCAUUGUGUAGAUGCCAAUGGAAUCAGAGUAAACAGCUCCUAUGUACCCACAGCUGAUAUUUGUAAAGCAAAGAACCUGACAUGGGAAAACCCAUUGAUCAAUUUUGACAAUGUACUGAAUGCCUAUCUUUCCCUUUUUCAAGUAGCUACUUUCAAGGGCUGGACAGGCAUAAUGAAUAGUGCUAUUGAUUCAAAAAAUAGUAAAGGAGAACAACCUGAAGAUGAAAUAAAUAUCUACAUGUACCUUUACUUUGUCUUUUUCAUCAUCUUCGGUUCAUUUUUCACUCUGAAUCUCUUCAUUGGAGUCAUAAUUGACAACUUCAAUGAACAAAAGAAAAAGACAGGAGGAUCUCUUGAAAUGUUUAUGACUGAAGACCAGAAAAAGUAUUACAAUGCCAUGAAGAAAAUGGGUUCAAGAAAACCAAUAAAAGCCAUACCUCGCCCUCGUUUUAAACCUCAGGCUAUUGCAUUUGACCUGAUCACCAAUGCAAGGUUUGAUAUGGCCAUCAUGAUUUUCAUCAUGCUAAAUAUGAUUGUGAUGAGUUUAGAACAUUACAGACAAGCAGAAAUGUUUGAGCUCAUUGUAGAGAGACUAAACAUUUUCUUUAUUGCUGUCUUCACUGCUGAAUGUGUUCUCAAGAUUUUUGCCCUGCGAUUGCAUUACUUCAAAGAACCAUGGAACAUAUUUGAUUUUGUUGUAGUAAUACUAUCAGUAAUAGGUGUUGGUCUCAAGGAUCUGAUUGCUGCUUAUUUUGUUUCCCCUACCCUCCUACGUGUUGUCAGAGUUGUUAAAGUAGGUAGAGUGCUGAGGCUAGUGAAAGGAGCUCGAGGUAUUCGGACCCUACUUUUUGCCUUAGCCAUGUCGUUACCUGCCCUCUUCAAUAUCUGUCUUCUUCUUUUUCUUGUCAUGUUUAUUUAUGCCAUCUUUGGCAUGGCCUUUUUUAUGAAUGUGAAACAUCGUUAUGGAAUUGAUGAAAACUUCAACUUUGAAACCUUUGGUCAAUCAAUGAUUAUUCUUUUUCAAAUGUCCACAUCAGCUGGUUGGGAUGGUAUUUUGUCAGCCAUAAUGGAUGAGAGUGAUUGUGAGCUUCCUAGUGACAUUUCAGAAGGAGAUUGUGGAAGUAGGAAUAUUGCAGUUGCAUACCUUAUUUCUUAUCUAAUUAUCAGUUUUUUAAUUAUCAUAAAUAUGUAUAUAGCUGUUAUUCUGGAGAAUUAUAGUCAAGCCCAGGAAGAAGUUGAAGAAGGCUUGACUGAUGAUGACUAUGACAUGUAUUAUGAAAUAUGGCAGAAAUUUGAUCCUCAAGGCUCACAGUAUAUUCCAUAUGAGAAGUUAUCAAACUUUAUGGAUGCCCUUGAGUUUCCUCUUAGACAACCUAAGCCUAAUAAGUACAAAAUUAUUUGCAUGGAUAUUCCUAUCUGUGAGGGAGAACAGGUGUUCUGUGUUGAUAUUCUAGAUGCACUCACUAAAGAAUUCUUUGCUACAAAGGGCCAUGUCAUUGAUGAAACUGUAGAGCUAGCAGAAGUUGUUCCAGCUAAAGACAACAGAAAGUUUCACCCAAUCAGCAGUACUUUGUGGAGGCAACGGGAGGAGUACUGUGCACACGUGAUUCAACAAGCAUUAAGACUCUUUAAAGAAAGAAGACUAUUACAUUCAGAAAAAACAGCCAUUAAUGUUGAAAGUAAUGACUCUGAAGUUGUUUUUUGUUCACAGUCAUCUAGUGAAUGUAGUCAUCCCAUAGAUGUGUGAUAAGCACUACAUUUCGUAUUAGAAACAAAUUUCUGAUGUACAAGCAGCCAAGUGAUGAACUCCAUCAGUAUCAAGCUAUAUUUUUGUAUUCUGUAAGCAAAAGAGACCAGACCAUUCUGCUUACAAUACACUGGUUACUUAGAAUGAUAAUGGUUUCCAUGUUAUUUUUCUAAUGAAUAUUAGUUUAAAUUUUCACAUCUUUAUGGUGUACCUAUGCAAAUCUUAGGAGUCAAACCCUCUGUUAUUUGUUGAAAUUUUGAGACAUUGUUUUGUUUCAGGACUGACACAAGGUAUGUUUCACAGGAUUCCUGUGCUGUAACGAUAAGCAGUUAUGUCAUAAUCAUAUGAUGCUCGUUGAGAUUAAUGUUAUUGUACAGGGUUGUUACUUAUAAAUAUCAUUUAUCUAAUUACAUUCCAUCCCAAUUCAAACAUCUGUCCUUUUAACUGUAUUUAUUUUUUAUAAUGUACUAAGUUGCUCAGCUAGACUUUAAUAUUAUAUAGUUAUA